AUGGCUGGCCGUCGCGCCUCCGAGACCAGUGCUCUGCUCAACGAGCAUGGAAUCGACGACGUACGAAAGUCCAUCGUUCAAGUUGAUCAGAGACUCUAUGGUACCAGUGGGGAGGAAGAAUCAUCUUUUAUCAAGAAUCCUGACCUUGAAACGACAUGGAAGGCUGAAACCUUCCUGCUAGCUCGAUACUCUGGCCCAUUGAUAUUGACCUACAUCCUCCAGUACUCCUUUUCCCUUGUAACGGUCUUCGUGGCUGGUCGCUUGGGCACAAAAGAGUUGGGGGCUGCCUCCUUGGCUACCAUGACCGCCAACAUUACAGGCCUUUGUGUCUACGAAGGAUUGGCAACCAGUCUCGACACCCUGACCUCUCAAGCGUUCGGGAACGGGAAAAAGCACCUUGUGGGUCUCCACGUCCAGCGUAUGAGUAUGUUGGUUUGCGUGGUCACCAUUCCUAUCGGCACCAUCUGGAUCUGCUCUCCUUGGAUCUUGUCAGCUCUCGUUCCCGAAAGGGAUGAGGCUGUUUUGGCUGGAACGUUCAUGAGGAUAUACUUGAUCGGAGCUCCAGGCUGGGCGAUCUUCGAGGCUGGAAAACGACUUUGCCAGGCCCAAGGAGAUUUUACCGCGUCACUCGCGGUGGUAUUGAUCUGUGCCCCUCUGAAUAUUCUCUGGAACUGGCUCCUCGUUUUCCGCUUGAACCUGGGAUUUGCAGGUGCGGCUUGGGCUGUUGUCAUUUCAAACAACCUGCAGCCGAUGGUCCUGGCCCUUUAUGUUACCUUCUUUGCUCGGUCAAAUCUACAAUGCUGGCCGGGACUAAACCUUCGGCGAGCAUUUCAAAAUUGGGGUCCGAUGGUCAGAUUGGCCAUUCCCGGGGUUCUCAUGACCUUCUCUGAAUGGCUGGCGUUUGAUAUCCUCACAAUUGCGGCUGGCUAUCUCAAUGAAUCCUCCCUCGCUGCUCAGUCGGUAUUGAUGACCAUUGUGGUGACAAUGUAUCACAUUCCCUUCCCCAUCUCAAUUGCGGCUUCGACCCGGUUUGGGAAUCUUAUCGGAUAUGGGGCUCUGGAUGCGGCUCGAACGGCUUGGAGAACACAUUACCUGAUCUUUGUAUGCAUUGGCACCCUUGAUGUUAUUUUAUUGACCUCCUGUCGACAUAUCAUCGCCGCAAUAUUUACAAAAGAUGACGCUGUCCGUGCGAUCAUCACGACCGUCAUCCCCAUUGCGGCCGCGGCUCAGUUUUUCGACGCCCUUCUGGCCAUCUCGAACGGUCUUUUGCGUGGCCUUGGAAGACAGAAAAUUGGGGGUUGGGUGAACCUUGGCGUGUACUACCUAUUUGCCCUUCCGUUAUCAUUUUCUUUGACAUUCGGUCCGCCUCAGAUGGGCUUGGGCGGUAUGUGGAUCGGACCAUGUUCUGGGUUGGGUUGUGCUUCCGUCAUAAUGACAGCCUACAUGCGAUUAACGGACUGGCAAAAGGCAGUUGAAGAUGCGCGGGCACGGGAAGAGUAA